CAUACAUACCACACACACAUUCAGAGAUCAUCAUGCAUUGGAUGGAGAUGGUGUCUCCUGGCGGCAGCCUGAGUGGAUAUUGCUACUCCUAGCUUGGAUAGCGGCGCUGAAGCCAGAGGGAAGCUGGAAGCUGGAGAAGAAGAGCGAGGAGCCUUGAACAACUUUGGACGUGCUUAACCUCGAGAGGUGUGAUGAGAAAUGGCUCUGGGGAACAACACGCAGCGAAGUUACUCCAUCAUCCCGUGCUUCAUCUUUGUCGAGCUCGUCAUUAUGGCCGGGACCGUUCUGCUCGCCUACUAUUUUGAGUGCACGGACACUUUCCAGGUGCAUAUCCAAGGCUUCUUCUGCCAGGAUGGAGAUCUGAUGAAACCUUAUCCGGGAACAGAAGACGAAAGCUUCAUUUCUCCACUUGUCCUCUAUUGUGUUCUGGCUGCAACCCCAACAGCAAUUAUUUUUAUCGGAGAGAUUUCCAUGUAUUUCAUCAAGUCCACCAGAGAAAGCCUGAUUAUCCAGGAGAAAACCAUUUUGACAGGAGAAUGCUGUUACCUGAAUCCUUUACUACGGAGAAUUAUUCGAUUUAUAGGAGUGUUUGCAUUUGGCCUUUUCGCCACAGACAUAUUUGUAAAUGCUGGCCAGGUAGUGACAGGGAACUUGGCACCCUAUUUCCUGACUGUGUGUAAACCCAACUACACUGGGAGUGAUUGCCGGGCUCACCACCCAUUUGUUAACAACGGGAAUAUCUGCACCGGUGACCAGGAUGUGAUUGAGAAGGCGAGGAGAUCCUUUCCAUCCAAACAUGCUGCUUUAAGCAUUUAUUCAGCCUUAUAUGCUACGAUGUACAUCACUAGCACAAUCAAGACAAAGAGUAGCCGGCUUGCCAAGCCAGUGUUGUGCCUGGGGACUCUAUGUGCUGCGUUCCUUACCGGGCUCAACCGGGUCUCUGAGUAUCGAAACCACUGUUCGGAUGUCAUUGCAGGCUUCAUCUUGGGAAGUGCGGUAGCUCUCUUCCUGGGAAUAUGCGUGGUUCAUAACUUCAAAGGCACACACGGAGCUCCUUCUAAAUCGAAGCCCGACGAACAGCGAGGCAUGCCACUGAUGGCGUUUCCAAGAGUGGAGAGUCCUUUGGAGACGCUGAGUGCACAGAAUCAUUCUGCCUCUAUGACUGAAGUCACCUGAUCUGACAGAUGGGAAGAGAAGCUAUUUUUUAUCACCCUCCGGUACAAUAUUCCCUCAACAACACACAGUUAUACUAAUUGUCAAACUGUGAUGACCAGUAUUAUGUUAUGUCUAGUUAGAAGCUAAUGUUUUGUACAUUUUUGUAUGAGGAAGUGAUGUAGCUUGCCCUGGAAUUUUUCCCCCUCUUUUUGGUCAGCUUUAAUAUAUUUAUGCCAGAAUUUAAAACAAAAGAAUACAGGAGGGGAAAAAA